GGCUUAACGAGCCGCUAAAACACAUCUGCAGCUUGCCUCAACUUGCAGUUCUGGCUUCAAGCUCCAUCUUAUUAUGUAUGUUUCAAAAAAAGCUCCUUGAUUGAACAGGCAUCGCGUUUCUUCUUCCCAUGGUACUCGCUUGAGACUGGAGGUUCUGGGACCGAUAGAACGACCAUUAGUAUGAUGACAUGAGAUUCACGACCAGGCGACUCCAAUUCGAUUACUGUUGCCUGACGAGAAGCCUAUAUUACUGCCCCGCCGCCUAUUCGCAUCUGGCUGCAGGCCAGCAACCACGCCCCGAGUCGAUAUGGGUCGAAGAGUGCAAACUUAUGAUGACUACGGCACAGCCGUUCAGCAGAUUAUCCUGUCCACGUCCGAUGCCGACUUUCUCGAUCAGCUCAUUCCCGUUCUGAAAGAUGCCGGCGUCACCAGCCGCACCUCCACACUUACCCAGUCGCUCACGCAGUACGCCGAAGAUCGCGAGGCAGAUAUCGAGAGGAUCGGCCUGACCAAGCACGAGGAGUUCUUGGCCUCUGUCAACCAGCUUCAAAAUGUGCGCGAAGGCACCGUGUCGCUCACGGCCGAGAUCCUCAAGCUCAACCAGUCGAUACAAUCUAGCACAGAGAAGUUAGCUGAGCAGAAGCAGGCGCUAGUCAACACAAGAGCAGUGCAGGAGAAUAUCCGUGAUGUGUCCGAUGCGCUCAAGGAGUCGCUCAAGAUCCUGCACGCCGUCAAUAACGCGCUGGAGCUUAUCAAGAAAAAGCAGUACUACGGCGCACUGAAGAGUCUGGAUGAUACGCAGAAUGAGUUCCUGAUACCCAUCCUGCAGAACAAGUACGCAAAUCAACACAGGUUGGCCGACAUUAUCCAGAAGAGUAUACCGGCAAGUCAGAAGAGCAUAUCAGAGGCAGUCAUGUCGGAUCUCAACACGUGGCUGUUCAGAAUUCGAGAAACAUCACAGUUCCUGGGCGAGGUCGCUUUCUGGCAUACGGAGAUGAGGCGGUCAAGACAGAGGGAGCGCGUGGAAAGUGACGAGUUCCUGGGCCAUUUCAAACUCAACUCCGCCAUUGAGCUUGUCUUUGACGAGAAGGAGGAGUUUGAUGUUCUGGACAACGAAGAGCUCCAAGUAGAUUUCACACCAUUAUUCGAAGCUCUGCAUAUUCAUGACGCGCUUGGUCAGACGGAUAGAUUCCGCAGUGACUAUGCAGCCACGCGAAGAAGACAGAAAGAACUGCUAAUACCGAGUUCUGUCAGUCUGACCAGCGACGACGAGCAGUCGCUGAGCAGUUUGUUGGAAGGCAUGGCUGGAUUUGCAAUCAUUGAGAAAGCAACUAUGAAACGGCUACCUCAGCUUCGAAGCAGCAUUGACGUUGAGGAGCUUUGGGAUUCAAUGUGCUCAUCCGCCAUCUCUCUGACCUCGAAAGCGCUAGGGGAAGUAAACAACGCCGAGGUGCUUCUGAAAAUCAAAGGCAUGAUCGCUCUCUUCAUACAGACAAUGGAAACCUGGGGUUAUUCUGUAUCAAGACUGGAUGAGUUCUUGGUCGACUUGUUCGACCGGUAUGCCGACCUCCUGAAACGUAGGUUCAGCGAAGACUUCCAGGAGAUUGUCUCGACUGAUGAUUACAUGCCAAUGGCGAUCAACUCUAGAGAAGAGUACGAGAAGGUCGUCAACGUUAGUUGGUUUGCACCCGAGAAGGAUAUCAGCGAGUUGACCUUCCCUUGCGUCUUACCUUUCUCACAAAUGUACCCCCUGUGCUGUAUUGACAUCAGAAACUUUUUGAAUCAAUUUUACUUCUUCUCCGACGACCAUUUUCAACACCCUACCAAAAUUGAUGAGACAUUGCGAAAGUCCCUUGAUAUAUUGUUGACUGAGAAAGUCUGCCAAUCUCUUGUCGAGCGCCUUAGCUCCCAAUAUCUGGGUCAAAUAGUACAGAUCCUCAUAAACCUGGAGCACUUCGAAACGGCUUGCACAGAAUUGGAGCAGCUUCUUAUUCGCGCCCGCUCCACCGCGUCCGCCGGCGGUCCGUUGACGCUGUCGGCCACCGAACAGUUCCGGGAGAACAAGAAGACAGCCGAAAAGCGCAUUUUUGAGUUGGUCAAUUCAAAGAUUGAUGACCUGGUGGAGACUGCUGAAUACGAGUGGACAUCGGCAACGCCGCCACAAGAGCCAAGCAAUUACAUGCAGACCUUGACGCGGUACCUCUCAAACAUCAUGAACUCCACGCUCCUCGGCCUCCCGCGCGAAAUCAAGGAACUUAUUUAUUUCGACGCCCUGUCACACGCAGCCAACACGAUUCUUGCCCUCCCUCUGUCGCCCGAUGUCAAGAAGAUCAACCCCAACGGUGUUGCCGCGCUCUCCACAGACGUCCAACAUCUCACGGAUUUCGUCGACGGGCUCGAGAACGGGUUUAUGCUUAGAAGCAAUCUCGACGAACUCGAGCAGACCGUUCUGUUACUGCAGAGUGAUAACACGGACGAGUUCUUCGACGUCUCGAUGAGAAACAAGAAGUAUGGUCGUGUGGAUGCUAUGAAUGGGCCCAUCCUGCUGGAGAAACUUACAUCGCAAAUCUCGAGCUCCAAUUCGGCUGCGGGACAGCGAUUUGCGAACUUCUCUUCCAGGCUCCAGUUCAGUACGAAGUAAUGACUCGUUGAGCUGCGAAAUUCUGGUCCGGAAAGACCACACCGUCUUUCUACCCAGUAUCCGCGACUGGCUAAUGAGGAAGGAAGAGUUCGCAACUAUAUCACGGCGGCAGAGAUAAUGUUAUCAUGAGA